AUGACACUUUAUCAGAAUUUAGAAAGAUUUUCAUCUCCCAAGUCAGGAGAAGCAAGAAAGAUGAAAAACCUUGUUGCAACUGGUUCUGAAAAAUUCUUGAUUUUACAGUUUCUUCUUAACUACAGUUUAGAAUAUUUAUACAUACAAUCUCAUUAUUUUAAUGUACCAAACAUUUCUCCUUAUGUCUUCUUAUUCUUCCCUUCCACGCCAGAUUGGUUUCGACCUCUAAUACUUCAGCUGAAUAUAGGAAGUGAGUUUAAAUCCAAAGUUGUUGUGAUAAUGAUACGAAAACUGCGAAAACAAAAAUGUUUGCAAGCUCACAAGGUUAAUAAGAUGCUCGUUUUUCAUGUUGACAUCAUUUAUUAA